AUGAACUAUGUGGGGCAGCUGGCAGAGACAGUGUUUGGGACAGUGAAGGAGCUGUACCGUGGCCUGAACCCCGCCACCCUGACUGGUGGUAUAGAUGUUCUGGUGGUGAAGCAGGCAGAUGGCUCCUUCCGGUGCUCACCCUUCCAUGUGCGCCUCUCAUCAGAUGGGCUAAUGACCCCUAAGAGUGACUCAGAACUGGAGCUGCGGUCCCCAGAGUCCAGUCCCCUGAGAGCUGAGUCCCACAUGCAGUGGGCCUGGGGGAGACUGCCUAAGGUGGCAAAAGCUGAGCACCCCGAAUUCUCUAUGGUCUCUGAAAGUGUUGCUGUGGUAUCCUCUCCUCUUCCGGAGGGGUCCAGCACUCCCUCCUCCUCUGUGACUGGCAUGGACCAUUUGGAAUCCCCAAUCCUGGAACCAGGGGCCAGUGGUGACCUGCUUCACCCUGAGAUGGAGGCUUGCUGUGAGGGAACUCUUGUGGGUCCCACUCUUGCUGCUCUAGAGAGUAGAGAAACCAAGACUCAGAGCUCCAGGGGUGCAGGCCACCCUCCUGCCACUAAAUCGUGGAGCUGGGCCACUCUGGAGAGCCACAUUCCACCCGAGUUCUCCAGGGGGAAAGGCUCCCUGAAGAGAAACCAGCACCUGGGCCCCAGUGACAUCUACCUGGAUGACUUGUCCUCCUUGGACUCUGAGAAUGCUGCCCUUUACUUCCCUCAGAGUGACUGUGGGAUGGGGGCCAGGAGGUGGAGUGAGCCCACCAGCCAGAAGCUCCUGGGGAAUCCCAUCCCUGAACACAUACCAGAAUCUACUCUAGACUCAAUGGACACAAUAGCAUUGUCCCUCUGUGGUGGACUGGCUGACAGCCGGGACAUCUCUCUAGAGAAGUUCAGCCAGCGCAUGGUUUCCUAUGAGGACCUCACUAAAAACCCUGGGCUUGUGGAUGACCCAAACCUUGUGGUAAAAAUCAAUGAAAAGCACUAUAACUGGGCUGUGGCUGCCCCCAUGAUCCUUUCCCUGCAAGCCUUCCAGAAGAACUUGCCUGAGAGCACCGUGGACAAGCUGGAGAAGGAGAAGAUGCCCCGGAAGGGUGGGCGGUGGUGGUUUUCUGGCUGGCGACGCAGAGACUUCCCACCUGAGGAGCACAGUACCCAGAGGGAGAAAACUUCAGCCAGGGAGCAGCAGAGCAAUGCCCACAGAGAGAAGACAGAAGUGCUGAGCAGUGAAGACGAUGGCCCAGACAGCCCUGUGAUCCUUGAGGUUCCCUCCCUCCAAUCCUCCCCUCCAGCCUUCAUUCCUACCUACAAGAAGUCCCUCCGCCUCUCUUCUGAUCAGAUUCGGUGUCUGAACCUGCAUGAAGGUGCCAACGAUGUGGUUUUCAGUGUGACUACCCAGUACCAGGGCACCUGCCGCUGCAAAGCUACCAUCUACCUGUGGAAAUGGGACGACAAGGUGGUCAUCUCUGACAUAGAUGGCACCAUCACCAAGUCGGACGCUCUGGGCCACAUUUUGCCCCAGCUAGGGAAAGACUGGACACACCAGGGCAUCACUAGUCUCUACCACAACAUUCACCUAAAUGGAUACAAGUUCCUGUACUGCUCAGCACGAGCUAUCGGAAUGGCUGACCUCACCAAGGGGUACCUGCAGUGGGUGAGCGAGCGUGGAUGUGGCCUUCCCAAGGGCCCUAUCCUACUGUCUCCCAGCAGCCUCUUCUCUGCCCUCCACAGGGAAGUGAUUGAGAAAAAACCAGAGGUGUUCAAGGUUGCCUGCCUGAGUGACAUUCAGCAGCUGUUUCUGCCCUACGGACAUCCCUUUUAUGCUGCCUUUGGGAACAGGCCCAAUGAUGUCUUUGCCUACAGGCAGGUGGGCCUCCCUGAAUCUCGCAUCUUCACAGUCAACCCCCGGGGAGAGCUCAUUCAGGAGCUCAUGAAGAAUCACAAAUCCACGUAUGAGCGUCUCGGAGAGGUGGUUGAGCUCCUCUUCCCACCUGUGGUCCGUGGCCCCAGCACAGACCUGGCCAACCCUGAAUACAGCAACUUCUGCUACUGGCGGGAGCCACUGCCAGCCGUGGAUCUUGAUGCCCUGGCUUGAGCCUGCCCUAGCUGUCCCUGUCCUUGGCCUGGCCCAGGACUAAUGGGCUUCUGGGGAAGCUAAGUGUCAUGGGACCAACUCAAUAAAGAGGCUACAGGUUAGCUGGCAACCAGACAUCGUCCCUCCUCCUUGAAA